AUGUCCUCUCCGUCGUUCUACGCCCUCAUUGCUGGAGUCGGCUCCGGCAUUGGAAGGGCCACCGCCCUGCGAUUCGCGAGGACGUAUCCGGUCGUGCUCGUGGCUCGCAAUGCAGACAGUUACAGCAGCUUAGUAGAUGAGAUCAAAGCAUCCGGCGGAAAGGCUAUCGGUGUCGCCGCCGAUGUCUCGCGCCCUGAUGCUAUGCGCUCCGCAUUUGAAACUAUCCAAAAGGAAAUAAAAGGCAGCAAGCUGGCUGCGGCCAUUUAUAACGUCAACAGCGGCUUCGUGAUGAAACCUUUCCUGGAUAUCAAGCAAGAAGAGCUGGAACUCGGGCUGGACGGAACGGCGCGUGGCUUCUUCAACUUUGCCCAACAGACUACUCCGCUGCUUCUCCAGUCAGUCGGAGAAUCCAACCACCCGCCUACCCUCAUAGCAACCGGUGCUACGGCUUCGACCAAGGCAUCUGCUAAUUUCGCGUCCUUCGCUGCCGGGAAGUUCGCGCUGCGUGCAUUGAGCCAGUUGAUUGCUAAGGAAUUCAGCCCAGAGGGCAUUCACGUGGCACAUGUCAUCGUUGACGGAAUCGUUGACACCCCAUCCGCCAAGAAGCUGGGGUUGAACAAUGAUGUGGAGGAUGGGCGAAUCAGCACCGAAGCGAUUGCCGAAAGUUACUCGUACUUGCAUAGUCAAGGCCGCUCUGCUUUCACGCACGAGAUCGAUCUCCGACCUUACACAGAGAAAUUCUAA